AUGAGUUCAAAACUAAAGUGUUUGUCAAUUUCGGACAAGAAAAAAAUUAUUGAAGAAAUCGAGAGUGGUAAAAAGAAAAAAGAAGUCGUAGAUAGUUUUAAAAUUCCUUUUUCGUCACUUUCUACAAUUUUGAAACAGAAAGAAGUAAUUCUUAAUACAACUGACGCACAAAGUAGCCGGAAAAAGAAACGACUAUGUGAGUUUCCCCGUAUAGAACAAUGUUUAUUCACUUGGUUCAAUCAAGUUAGGCAGCAAAAUAUUCCCGUGAGUGGUAUUUUAAUCAAAGAAAAAGCUAAAAGUUAUGCUAAAAUGUUUGGAAUCUCUGAUUUUAAUGCUUGUGACGGUUGGUUAUCUAAUUUUAAAAAGCCACAUAACUUGGUGUUCAAAAAAAUUUGUGGAGAAAGUGCAAGUGUCGAUGAAGAUAUCUGUAACGACUGGCAGAUGAAACUUCAAGACUUAUUAUGUGAGUACGAUCCGAAAAAUGUGUUCAAUGCUGACGAGACAGGACUGUUUUUUAAAUGUUUACCUGUCCGAACACUAACGUUUAAAAAUGAAAAAUGCCAUGGAGGGAAACUUAGUAAGGAGCGAGUCACUUUACUUUUUGCGGAAAUUGUAUCUGAAUUUUUGGCUUGCUUGGAUAAUAAUGAUUCUCCGAAAGUAACCGUUUUGACUGCUAUAAUAAUCAGCCACAAAGAUUGGAACAAUGUGACUACACAAACAAUUCGAAACUGCUUUAGAAAAUGUGGAUUUGUGAAAACUAUUGAUAAUGAAGAAGAAGAAUUCCCUAUCACUUUAGAAGUUGACACUCAACAUAACACAUUAUCGACUGUUCUAAACAAUCAAUUGACGUUUGAAGAUUAUGUUGCUAUCGACGAUGAUUUGGCUGUCUGUGGGUCUCUUACAGACGAUGAGAUUUUUGUCAGUUUUAAUAACGAAGAAGGUUAUGACGAAGAAAAUGACGAAGAAGAAUCUCCUGAAGACCCCAUCGUAAACUCGAAGGAAGCCAAAUUAGGUCUUCGCGCCGUCUUAAGUUACUUACAGAGACAUGAUAUUGACGACAAUGUGUUUUCUAGCAUUUUAAAUCUGGACAAUACUAUUGAUAAGAUUAGAAAGGCCGGACGAGCCAGUACGUGUAGCACGGCCGCCCAAGAUGUCACCAGUCCGUUACGUAGUGUUAACGUAGAACUAUAA